CUGAAUUUUCCAUCCCCCCGUUCUAUAUUCCGUUAUGCCGGCCAUUCGCCUCACUUGAUGAGUAUUGCAAGUAGGUAUAAAAUGGUUCAGGUUGACUUCCCCUGAAGUCCAAUAUCCAUCUUCACAUACCACAAGCCACAGAAACACAAUUCCCAUCAACAACUUACCAUCCCUCCUCUCACAAUGAAACUCACCACCACCUUCGCUCUCCUCCAGAUCCCCAUCCUCGCCUCCGCCAGCCCUCUCCAAGACCGUCAAUCCUGUCCCAAAGUCCACAUCUUCGGCGCCCGCGAGACCACCGCCCCGGCCGGCUACGGCACCUCAGCCGGCCUCGUCAACAGCAUCGCCGCCGCCUACCCCGGCUCCACCAAGGAAGCCAUCGUGUACCCCGCCUGCGGCGGACAAUCCUCGUGCGGGGGCGUGUCCUAUGAUAACAGUGCCUCGCAGGGGACCGCGGCGGUAGUGAGAGCCGUGACGAACUUGAACAGCAGGUGCCCGGAUACCAAGAUCGUGCUGGUCGGGUAUUCCCAGGGCGGACAGAUCAUGGAUAAUGCGCUGUGUGGAGGGGCGGGGGCGACGUUGACGGGGAAUGCACUCAAGGCUGUGAAGGCGGCGAUCUUUAUGGGGGAUCCGCACAAUGUGGUGGGGUUGCCGUAUAAUGUUGGGACGUGUAGGGCGAAGGGGUUUGCGGCCCGCCCGAGCGGAUUUCAGUGCUCCCCUGCGAGUCCGUCGAUUAUCCAGAGCUAUUGCGACUCGGCUGAUCCGUAUUGCUGCAAUGGCAAUGAUGCCAACUCGCAUCAGCAGUAUGUCAACAAGUAUGGACAGCAGGCGUUGGCGUUUGUGAAGAAGUUGGUGGAUGCCGCUUGA